AUGCAGCCUGUGGGAUUCGAACCCGAGUCACUUCCCUUGGUCGGGUAUGCUGCUGAGAAUGGAAUGUCUGACAUGCAGUUUAUUGUUAGUAAUAGAUUUAUCAUAAUGGACACUGCCUAUUAUAAUCGUCCUGUUGAAGCAAAGUUGGACAAGGCGCCGAGAAGAGAUCCUCCGACCCCUCGAAAGGAGCAGGUUCACACUGAGCUCAGACAUCCUACUACUAAGCAGGUUGACAACUACAAGAAAGAAGGCGUUUUGGGUGACGCUGUUGGUGCUAGAAAGCGCCUUGAGAAUCAGUGA